ACUGUCUUCGAUAUCUUCCCAACUCUCAAGAACGUCUUCACUGGCAGCCAUAUUAAGGGCAAGCAAAGCCUCUUGGAUACUCGAAUGCAGCAGUUUUCUUACUAAGAGAAAAGGAAAGCAGCUCAAAAGGGUCUUGUUACAAAGUAAAAUUAAAAGAAACUAGGAUUGCAACAGUAGCAACACACUUUGUAGCUCAUAUUGGUUAGCGCCAUUCAUCGUUAACAACUUUAUAAUUCAUAAUUCCUGUAACUAUUCCAAGGCGCCUUUUCAUGUGCCUCUACGCGAAUCCUUCAAAUCGUCUCUGAAUUGUACGGAAAGAGAUUUUUACUGCUGAUUUUAGCAUGCCUGGUGUUUUCACAAAUGAGAAAACCUCACGUUAAAACACUCAUAUUUGGCUGCGAACAAUUGUUGAGAGAAAUACCCCUCUAUGCGUAACCAUUUGUUAAGAAGAAAUUUGUUUAACAUUUGACAGCUAAAUGGCGCGUAUUACAAUAGAAGAAAGUGGCCAUUAAUUCCUGAACAUUUUGUAAAAUCUUUAGGAUGGGUGUCUCGACUAGUAUGUACAGAACUUCAUUCCCCUUUCUUUUCGAAACAUUCCUAAUUAGCAUAAAUGUCUACGUAGCGACUAAAGUUGAUAACCUUGAAACAACUGACAACAAAAAUGUCAAGCGAACACGAUGCUGCUGUUCUGAACGUUAUUUUCAAUCCAGUCUUACCAUUAGAUGACAACAGUGAUAAAGGAAUUUUACACAUGAAAGAUAAUGACGAGGAUGAUAAAACACUUUUACCAAUCAAAGCAUUGGAGAGGGAUGGUAUAGAAGCGGCAGAAACGGGGAAUUUUAAUGCUGCUCUGAAAAUAUUUUCAAAAGUUAUUGAAGCUGCCCCCACCAGGGCCUCAGGAUACAAUAAUAGGGCACAAGUCUACCGUUUGAAAGGAGAAACUGAAGAUGCUGUGAUGGAUUUAAACAAAGCUAUUGAAUUGAGUGGUGGUCAUGGAAGAUCUGCCUGUCAAGCAUUGUGUCAAAGAGGCCUCAUUUUUUGGAAAGGUGGUCUUACUGAUGAAGCUAAGAAAGACUUCGAAGCUGCUGCAGAUCUUGGUAGCCAAUUUGCAAAAGCACAACUUGUCAAACUCAAUCCAUAUGCUGCUCUGUGUAAUCAAAUGUUGCAAACUGUAUUCAAUAAUUUGUACUCAUAAACAUUUGCAACAUAUAGAAAUACUUCAGAAACUAAUUGAAGAAUAAAUGGGAAAUAGGGUGAAUGUAUAUACAUUACAGGGUCAUUUCUAAACCGAAUAUCUUGGUGAAGGAACUAAUACAAUGCAAUGCAAUAUACCUGAACAUAUGUAAUAUAUAUUUCUUGUAUUAGUAUAUAUUUUUAUGUCAAUUAAAUCAUUAAGGAUUGAUAUUGCACAGUACAGCUCCUUUAAGAUACACAGUUUAUUAGAAUUUACAGGUUAUACACUAUAUUAUUUGCCUUUGGAAUCUCAAUUGUCUCUUUACAGAAGAUUUAUUACAUUUGUAUAGUACAGAACUUGAAUAACAAUUCACGACAGUAACAGCCCUAAAACCCAGGCUGUAAUUAAGUAAUAAAAUAAUAACCAUGAGAUUUUCUUUUGGAUUGACAGAUCCAAGAGUUCCAAUUCUAAUGCUACAUUAACAGCACCAUUUAUAUCAUCUUACAAUUUGUAAUAAAAUGUUAUCUAAUUUUCAGCAUCAUUUGCAAAACCAUGUCUUCUUUUCCCUUUCAUCAGUGCACCAAUAAAAACAUUCUGAUAAUACAAUAACUUUUGGUAAACAAAUCCUGUUUUGUAAGAGAAUGAUAAAUUUUAUUUAAAACUGCAUGUUGGGCAAGGUUCAAACUAGUGUAAUACACAGUGAAUCAAUUAAUUAAUUCUGUGCAAAUAUAAACAUACAGUUACUCUAUGUACAUCACAACAAAUACAUACAUUAAGAACUGGAAUGGCUAAGAUUGAAAUAAAAUAUAAGGCUAAUCAUAACAUUUCAAAGGAAGCAUCUUGUUUAAAUUCUCAUGGAGAUGGGAUACUUUGGUCUGGUCACAGCUUUGGUCCUUGUUCUGUUCAAUGGACAAAUAACAGAUAAUAGCCUCAAGUAAAGCAAUAUGCAGUUUUCAAUGCUAGUAUAUCACUGUUCCCAUGUCAUAUAUAGAUGUAAUACAAAAUAUUCAAAGAAAAAUAUCAAUGUUGGUUUCUGAGUGGAACCUCAAAAUUAACAAAAAAAAAAAAGAACUAGAAAAAUUCUAGACACAGGACCAGAACUCUGAUGCUAUCUAUCCAGAUGUUCAACC